AUUGAUAAAUCACACUGCGCAAGAUCUGAUCUGACAAUAAAAAUCUUAAGCGCCUGCUGUCAAAAGAUAUUGCUUUUAUUAUGAAUAAACAAGUGAUAUAAAGAGAUAAACAUUUCUCGGAAUUGUGCAUUAAUGAUUUCAUUAUAGUUAAAUAGUUUGUUUUUUUUAUAACGGUGUACUAAGUUUUUCUAAAGAAACUUUCUAAUUUUCAGUCAUUUCUAACCUAUAAAAAUGACUGAGAAUUUUGCUGAUAUUAUCAAUGAGGAACAAUUAAUUCAAAAACAUAAAAAAGAACGAAAGGAAUUACAAGCGCAAAUUCAAUCAUUAAAGAAAUCAAUAGGUAAAGGAAAUAAGAAACAAAAAAAAGAUGUGACUGAAGAAAUUUCUCGUCUCGAGUUAAAUUUAGAUAAAAGGCAAAAUGAAGAAUUAAUUAAUUUUAAAUUAUCUGAAGUAAAAUUAACUGAACAAAUAAAUGUAAAAGAAAAUUUAAAUACUGCAAAUGAAACAAAUGAAAAAGAAAUUCAAAAUACAAACGAAGAUGAAAUAAAUCAAGUACCACAACAAAAAACAUCAAAAGCCCAAAGGCGUCGUGAAAAGAAAGCAAAUGAAGAAAAAGAACGAAAUCAGAGAAUAAUUAAUGAAGAAGCUGGCAAUAUAUUUGGUAAAAGAAAUAUUGAAAUGAUGUCAAUUAAAAAUAUUCUUGUGAAACGUGAAUUUAAAUUACACGAAAUUGCCAGCGAUGGAAAUUGCUUAUAUAAUGCAGUGGCGCAUCAAUUGAAAGUUAUUGGAUUAACAUCAAUGGGUUUUCGAGAUUUAAGAACAAAAACUGCUCUUUAUUUAAGAGAAAAUAUGAACGAUUUUCUUCCGUUCAUUGCAAAUUCAGAAUCGGAAGAUUUAUUAACGCCCGAGGAAUAUGAAAAAUAUUGCGAAAAUGUUGCUAAAACAUCUGCAUGGGGAGGAGCUGUUGAGCUUCAAGUUCUCUCAAAAAUUCUCCAAUGUCCCAUUGAAGUUAUUCAAGCGACAGGUGCACCAUAUAUUGUUGGCGAUGAAUUUGACGCGAUGAAAAAAUUAACAGUAACAUAUCAUCGACACAUGUAUGAAUUAGGCGCCCAUUAUAAUUCAGUUACAAAACAUAAUCCUGGUGAAAGAUCAGAGGAGUUUUGAACAAUUUUUUUAAUGUAUAAUAUAAAUAUAAUAGCGAUUUUUAUUCAUCA